AUGCCAAACUUAAGAGAGACCAGGAUUUCCCUUCUCUAUACGUAUGAUUCGAGCAUUAUUAAUGAUGAAGAAUUCGUCUUGCUGUACGAUAUCAACACUGCAAAAAGCUCUGACUUGCCCUACUGGAAUUACGAGGCCUUUGAACCCGACAGCAUGUCCGGCGAUGAGUGUCAAGCGGAAUUUCGCUUUUAUAAGAACGAUGUCUAUGACUUAAUGGCGGUCUUGGGUUUUCCAGAGACAUUUACGUGCUACAAUGGCUUGACGGUAGAUGGUACCCAGGCUCUUUGCAUCUUUUUAAAAAUAUUUGCGUACCCUUGCCGUUAUCUCGAUAUGAUUCCGAGCAGGGCGGAUAAAGGUUGGGCGGUGAAACGAACGUGUCCGAGCAAAAAGGUGUGAUGCAAUGGACUGGGACUAUGUUAGAAAUGUCGCUUGUUUUCGACUUCGGUCAGGGCUUGCGAUGUGGUUUGUACAUUAGACACUGCCGCUGUCACUGAAUUUAGCGGCUUGAUUUGUUUUCUUGCACUUCUUCCUCGUUCCUUUGUACUGGUACGCUGUCUCCCAGAGGCAAAUGUUGCUAUUUUUUGCGGGAGGUUUAGUUGGAGUAGACAAACAUCUCUUUCAAAGGGUUUCUUUUAUUACUUCCAUGACUCUACCACUGAAUUAUAUUUUCGUUCUGCUACUCGCCAAUGUCGAUGUUAUUCCAAAACAAAAACAACUAAGUACUGUCUAAAACACGAAGGAAAAUCUCGUCCAUGUCAUCCAUGGCAAAACUAAAAGACAGCAGAUUGUUUUUCAUAACUAGAUGACGUGUAUUUUAUAAAUGGGUGCAGCUCGUGCAAGGUGAAAUUAUGCUAAUUUCAAUCACCAUCAUCCUUCUUUUUAAUUUUGAAAAAAAAAACAUCUCAUACGUCUUUCUGUUUCUUCGAAACUUCAAAAUUAGUUUCCCCUCAGUUUUUACUGUUUACCUUGGUUUUUAUUAGAGAGAAAAACGGAGAAAAAAACUUACAACUGACCUCAAUAAAUUUUGUUUACAUGCGGUUGCCGGAUUUGCAACGCAUUGCGCGAAUCGCCAUAGCGCGGCCCGAGAAGCAAAGUUUGAAGAAAUAUAACGCCACUAUAUCAAUAUAUAUCAAUCUAAUUUUUUGUUAUGUUAUACAAAAUUUAUCCGUCUUUAACAUAUGUAAAAAUUGAGGUUAAGAAGUGUUAAGCUUUUGCAAAGGAAACGGCGAAAGACGAUGAGGUGAUAUUUAGUGGAAGGAGGAGGUAUUCAACACUUUCAAAUUAAACUCAAACUUUGGCAUUAUACGACCAACAAGUUUGACUUAUAGACGCACAGACACAAACAUAUGAAACUGUUUAUUGAUAUUGUUAUGAAACGAAUUUACCUAUUUAACAUUGUAGCCUGAAUUUACAGAAAGAAAAUAUGAUUUCCUGUUUGCAAAAAGGAAAAUUUCGCCGGCCUUCAAGCGCGCCGGAAGAGCGGAAAUAGCGCUCGUGCCAGUCCUACUCCGCAUCACACAUUAAAUGAAGAGCGGAGCGCUCGUUUUACCGCCCAACCUUUAUCCGCCCUGAUUCGGAGGUUUGCUAGGCCCGUGCCUCAGCUCUGUAUGACAAGUACCAUGGUUAUGGACUAUUUAUAUACGCACUGG